AGAGCAUCUAAGGCUGUACUGCAAAACAUCAUCCGCCAUAUGGUUUAUCGAGGCAAACCGUCACCAGCCUGCGCGCUAUGUAGGAAGAGGAAGAUUAAGUGCGAUCUCCAGAGACCAAGAUGUUCACAAUGCAGACGAGCGAAAGAAACGUGUACAGGGUAUCGUGAUCUUAUUGAUGUGAUAUUCCACGAUGAAACCAACUCGACCAAAUCCAAAGCUCUUACCAGGAUCUGUCGCGCUCAAGCCGAAGCCCAUGCGGAUAAUAGUAUUGCAAUCAACAAUGCUAUUUCUUUAUGUUUCCUGCCAUACAAUAUUGACGAACAAGCCAAAUCGUACUUUGUCCAUAGCUAUGUCCUUAUUCAAGAGGGCACUGCUGGCUAUUUAUCCGGCGUGGCUCGACUGCUAGUUCGACCAGGCCUUAACAGCGCCUUGGAGGCGGCUAUGGUCGCAGUGGGUUCAGCGGGGAUGGCGUGUAAAGAAUCAUCACCACUUCUGGAGCUGAAGGCAAGGCAAAGUUACGGUACUGCUAUAAAUGAUAUCAAUGAAGCGAUUCACAACACGACCAAGAUAAAAGAGGCUGGGACGCUCGCCGCCAUUCUGGUACUUGGACUUUAUGAAAUGAUCAUGUGUGAUAGCCAACAGUCAUUAAAUGCCUGGUAUAAUCACAUGCUAGGUGCACUGGCAGUGGCACAUAUCCGUGGCACACAGCAAUUCAAGGACAGCGAAGUCGGGAUGGAGCUGUUCUUGCAUCUCCGAUCGCAAAUCAUAAUAUCCUGCAUCCAAAGAAGUGAAGGGAUUCCGGACUCUAUCCAGAGACUGACGGAUGAAGCCCACAAAUACGAACCAUUUAGAUCACUGGGUCCCUAUCCACUAGGUGGUGUAAUCAUGAAACUGUGCUCCUUGCGAGCUUGGAUCAGAUUGAGCCCAGAUGAGGAGUGGCAAACAGCAUUUGCUAAAUGCAUUAGUAUUGGGGAGGAUAUCCGAAACCUGUAUCACCCGAUUUUACGCUCCCAAGGUCCAUACACCGUCAAGUUUAUUGAAGAGGCGACAGACGAAGUCUAUCUAAAUAAAUACCGCACUUAUCGAAGUCUACGGAGCGCCUGGGUCUGGGAUUUGUACAAUGUGGCCAAAGUCAUUUUACACGAGACCAUUGUUGGCUUGCUGCAGCCGCAAAUCGCCAAGAUCAACACCAUGCCAAGAGCACUGGCAACCCAGGUCUUGACUCAAUACGACGAGUCUCUUUGUGAUCUCCAUGAAGCAAGCUCAGAUAUAUUCGCCUCAGUCCCGUUUUAUCUGAAUUUUCAUCAAAAGGAUGGAACUUCUGCGAAACCGGUAAACGCCCUGAUUCUCAUGUGGAAUCUGUACGCUGCAGCUCGUCUCGAGAUAUGUGCAGGGCCGGCAAGAGAGUGGGCGAUUCAGCGAUUGCAGUUCAUGGGUCAUUCCAUGGGCGUUAGACAAGCUACAGCACUAGCGAGUGUGUUGAAGAAACGAGCUGCAUGGGAAGUUAUAGAGAAUAAGAUGAAUCCUGAAUGCGAGAGCAUCAAAGCCAGAAGAGCCAGAAGAAUCGGCGGUACGGACACACGUUUGUUGAGGUACCUAACCGACUUACCUCCCGAACCAUUAAACAGAAGGCCCGAAAUUUUGCUGUAGUUUACAGAUUUUGCAUCCAUUUUAUAUGUACCUGAGAAAUAACUCGAAUAUAUUGGAACCUGUUCCGCAAGUUUAUACCUGGC